CAACCACUCUAGAGCUUCACGAAGUACUAAAACCAAUACAAUUAACAUUAUGUACUAAGAAAAUUGAGUAGUGAUUUAAAUUGCUCUACCUUGAGGCCUUAUAUCAAAUAUGGAGGAAUGUGGAAAGUCUCCAACUGAUUCCGUGACAAUUAUUGUGCCGUUUGAUGUGUUCGGCCCGAGGCGUAACUGCUCCUGAACUUCCUCCACGCUUUGGGCAAAGUGGAUGACCUGCCCUUGAAGAGCAACUUGUCCUCGUCCUCGACUCAAUUUGUGGAUUUUAAGAAAGGCCUUCGCACGACUGACCAUCCUUGCCUCCACAUCCGUCAAAAUACUGAUAACGUUGGGUGACUCUGGGACAUACAUGUGGUUGACCAUUGCGGUUGCUGGAACUUUUCCUUUGUUCAGGUUGUCAUGGCAACGAUGGCAGCAAUCUAUUUGGUCUCCAGUAGUUGGAACGAGAUGUUCCAAGGUAUUACUGUCGUACCUAUUUGCCACUGACCCCAGGACUCUUCGAAUUCCUUCAGUUACUGACAAAACCCUGCAAAAUUUAAAGUAAAAAUAAAUUUGGUGCCGAUUAACAUGAUUCCUUUGUUUCAUUAUAUUUUCUUUUACGCUAACCUGAUGCCCUUAUCGUACCAAAGACGAUUGCAAAUGAAACAUGUCCGGUUUGCAACUUGGUUGAUAUUCCUGAUGAAGAGUUGUUGGUGAGGUGACAGGGCCAGUUCAACCUCAGUGGGGUCUAUUUCCAUCUUUUCGACAUCAAUACUUUCUUCUUGUAUGGUUUUUGUGUCCUUCUGAAUUUUGCACUUGUUUGCUAUAUCGUGCUUGUACUUUCGUAACUUUCUUUGUCUAGAUGGCAUCGUUUGUGUUUAUUGUGAACUUGACGUGUAAUUAAUCGCUUUUAUUAUGUUGAAUUUAAUUAAAUACUUCGAUAAAUAUAAAAACAAUUAUAUUCUUCGCAAUGACAUGUGAAGCAACAGUCGUGCAGGUAAACACACCACUUUCCUUAUACCGCGAAUUCAUGGGGUAAAGGGAGACUCACAACACAUUCAAACGAAGACACCCAUGAUGAGAAAAUAUUAUAAUAUCAUUAAUACUACAUACAUAUGCAUAUAUGUUAAUAAAUAUUAUAGAAAAUAUUAUACAUCAAAAAUUGAUAAAGGUUAACUUUGGAAUUGAAUAUAAUAUGUAAGUAUGAAAUCUAAUUGAAGUUCAUUGGAUACUAAAACUAUUUGGGCUACAAUAUUAUGGCCAGAAUUUGCAAAACCCGAACAAAACUGAAUGUAAACGUUUGGAACACGUGAGUUUGGCAUUUUUUGCCCCAUUGAGGGUGUGGGGGGAUGGGGGCACCAAUGGGGCCAUGGAGUCAAACAAAGAUUUUUGUACACUCAUGGUGUACUACCAUAUAUCCAUAGUACAUCGAAAUGUGAGAUGGACAAUUAGGGAGGAUCUCCUCCUCAAUGACUAACCCUCUCACAUCUUCACACCGCCAUAACUUUUCACCUAAGUGCGAUUUCGAAAAAAGUGGUCCUUUAAGGGCACCCCUAGGGACCCUCAGGAACACAAUGAACAUCUUUCCAGUUCAAAAUAUUAAUCCCCCCAGUCUGUACCCCUGUCAGACUGAAGCCACCCAAAAUUCAACAUUUUGAAUUUUCGCGCGUAUAGGAGGCCCUAUUUUAAAAAAUGUUUCAAACAUUUGUUGUAGCCCUAGGCCCUGUAGACAAUAUCCCGCAAUCAGAUUUUCAUUCUCAUUCACCCAGCCCAUUUGAAAAAAUAUUUAGUGUCCCUAGUGCCCAUUUACACUUGAAGGUGAAAAGAUAAAAAAGUAAUCAAAAUUUCCAAAAACGGUUCGCGUACCCUAUGCCUACAUUUUUGAGCUUGUUCGAAUGCCACUAACCGCAUCCAUCUAGCUUAAAAAGUCGGCCUAUACGACCAAACAAAAUUAACAUUGCCCUUAAGUGAUUGCAUACUAUAUGUUUCACAUAUACUUCCAUGAGUCAUGCAAGUAAAUGGGAAAAAAUAGAAAUAUUAAUAUAAUUAAAAAAUAUUAGUGUUUCUCUAAGAGCAGGACGAGAUGGAUCGGCAAGCGGCUUUCCCUGACGAAAGUACCUAUCGAGACGCUUUACAGGCUUUGUUGCAGUUGCAGUAUUUUUACGAUCUUCGUCCACUCGAUCUAAUCCGUGGGGUCAUCGGAACUGAACACACUUCCAUUGAAAUUUCUAAGGUUGAAGCCCAAGAAAUUGCCGAAUUUUCCGUUAACAAUGACUACUUUUGUAUAGCAAUGGAGUGGAUAAAAUUGCUUCAAAAAUUUGAGUUUGGAAAUAAUGAUACCAAUUUAGAUGGAAUGGGGCAGAGAACUCCCACAGAAUUACAAGUAGCUCUCAUUGACAAACAUGAUUCCAAUUUUGAGAAAAACUUGGGCCAAGGUCAAGCUUACAUGUAUACAGAAAAACUUGGAAGUCAUAUCGAAAUACUUCCUUCUAGUCUAAAAAUGACGCUUUCUGAGGAAAGUAGAAAAACUGGGAAAGAAAUUAUGGGGACGUUUGGAGGGGGGAGUUUCACAUACAAUCAUUUAGCUCUUUGCAAUGGCCAGCAUUUCACGAAAAAUGAACCUCAACUCUACUGCUGGUUAGACAACAAGCGUCAUCCAUACUUUGCAAUUGCACCGCUAAAAAUGGAAAUCCUUCAUUAUGAACCACUCCUUCUUCGCAUUUACGACAUUAUCAAUCAGGGUUGGAUUAAAGAAAUAAAGGAAGCGGCAACCCCACACUUGUCACAAGCUCCAGAUCCUGGAACAUCGGGAAACACCUUGCGGACAGCAAUUUAUGCAUGGCUCGCUGACGAAGAAAUUCCAGGGACUCCCAUCUCCAGGCUGAUCGAGUUAAUUUUUAAUCUGAAUGUGAGGGGUUCUAACGCUUCGGAAUUGUUGCAAGUAGCAUCCUACGCUCUGGGUGGCUCUGUCUCUCUGCACGUGGAUUACUUGGGAGGAACAAAACUAGCAAAUAUAAACGUUGAUAUUCAAGACUUGGUGGGGGCUGAGAAUAGUGACGACGAAAGUGAUCCGGACGUGUUAUUGCGAGGGGACAGAGUAUCUACUUUCCUCUUUUAUAUGAACGAUGUGAAACUGGGAGGGUACACAGUAUUUCCAAAGCUCAAUAUAUUUGUCCGGCCAAUUAAAGGAUCAGCAGUCUUUUGGUACACAUCGCUGAGGAAUGGUAAUGUAGAUUCUAGAAUGCUUCAUGCGGCCUGUCCAAUUAUUUAUGGCCACAAAUUAAUCGGAACUAAAUGGGUUCAUCAGUAUGAAAAUUUUCUCACGAGACCUUGUACAACUGACCCGUGGGCUUAGGUUACAAGUAUUUAUUAGACGGU